UUCGUGGUUAAUAAUGAAUGCGCGCGUCGUCAAUACCUCACGCGUGGACCGCCGCCCGCGUCGGCGCCGCCGCCGCGAGGAGCAUCCCGCCGCCGCACAUCUCGCACCCGAGGCCUCCGCAGCCGCAGUAGGACGAGGCGUGGACCGGAACCUCCAACGACGACACGGGCUUCUGCGCGCCGAGGAGGCCUCCGCCGCACACGCCGCACCCGUCGCCGCCGCACGCGGGACAGCCGAAGUUGCACGCCUCUUCUAGUGCUGACGGCGUCCAGAACUUGCCCUCGCGCUGGAGCAUGCGGCUUCCCUUCGUCACCUUCAUCAUACGUGUCCCCGUCGGUCGCAGCGCGGUUGACGAGGUCGCCAGUAAAGCCAUCAUGAGUCUGUUGAUCGGCGCCAUCGUACUUUUGGACCUGUGUGCGUAUAACGGUUUUAAUGAUACAUUAUGUCCUCACGCUAGCGAAUCGUUUGAAUGUUCGCAGCGCCAUUUUUGCCGCAGUCCGAGGCGUUUUAAACGGUUCCAGCGCUCGCAGCGCAAAGCGACGUUGCCAAUCUACCAUCCAACAACAGCAUUACACGGAUGCGCGCAGAUUGACGGAGUUUGACAAGGCUACCGCU